CGUAGCAACAAGUUGCUCAUUUGAAUUACUAUGUGUCGGUAUGUAUGCGUUUCUUCUCGCCAAUAAUUUUAAUUGAACACCAAUAUUUUCCAUUAAUUGGUGCCAGGAAAAGCAAGAGCUUGUUACAGAGACUAUGAAGUAUUAAGUUUAUUGCUAGCAAGGCUAGAUUCUGUUGUGAUGGGGUUGAAAUUAGACUGGAAGGCGAAACCCCUAAAAUAGAAAUCACGAAGGGGCUGCAAGAAACUGCUUAAAACCACAAAAUACGCUUAGGGUGGACAACUAUACAGAUGCCAUUGUCUGGAAUACACGGUAUAGGUAUCUUUGUUAAAUUAAUCUCCAUAGUUUGGUUAUAAUGGGCACCAAAGACAACAUCAAUGUUUGAUAAUGGAAGCGCGCUGCAUUUGGCGGGACGAUUCGAAAAGGUUUCUACUUGGGAUUCGGCGUCGGUAUUAAACAAGAAAUGUCCGAAAGCAAAAGCGCCGUUACCUAUAAUCAGUUGGGUAAUAAAGAGACUGAGGAUAACUACUCAGUGUUUGGUACCAAUGAUACUAACAGCGAAAUAAUUUUGGACAAAGAUGAUAUAGCCUCUGGAAGCAGCCGAAUUGAUGAUGACGAAUAUCGCAGUAUUGACGAUGACGGUGAAGACGAGGAUGGAAGUAAUAAAGCCAAAGGAGCAUACUACCAGAUCCCCUAUGGAUUUCAAAGCCGGGGGUGUUAUAAACAUGCAUCGAAAAACUGUGAGAUAGUCGGAGUGACAUACAACUCUCGAUUCCAUCAAUUUGUGUUUCUUGAUUCUCGUGGCAUCACGAGCUGGUCUUAUGACAGUGUUUAUCAGACAGUGACCAGACAUCUGAACUACCCAGCCUAUCAGUUUAAUGUUCUUAGACUGAUUAUUUAUUCACGGAAGUAUAAUGUCUAUUUUGCUCUUUCUAAAGAGUAUGCUCUCAAGGUUUUCAAUAUCAAUUUCCAUGAGGUAGUGUCAGUGUCAGCAGAAAUGCACUCUGUGCUCUGUAUGGUGUUUAACCCUGUCCGCAGCGAGCUGAUAACUGGGGGAACAGGUGGUAUGAAGUUCUGGACAUUUGGUGAGGUUUCAACAGAUCACCGCAGAGUUUGGGACAAGGACUCAAGACCAAUGGCAAAUUAUGGGCUGGCGUUAAGGGCUGCUUAUCCUAAGAUGGGUGGAAGCUGGGUAAAGCAAGUUGAGUUAGACAUUGGAAUGCAGCGUCUCUACUGCCUGUCUGAGAGGAAUGUUGUUGCUUAUGACAUGCUAGGAAAUCAAUUAUUUGAAAUCAGAGAUGCUCACCGUGGUCCUGUCACUGGCUGUGUCUACUCCCAGUCUUGUAACAUGCUUGUGACUGCCGGCAAUGACUGUGAUGUGAAUGUAUGGGGGAGAGUUGGUGGCAAGGUACAUACCUUUAGCAGUCACACCAAGGUGAUUACUACAAUAAUGUUGCACCCUGAAGCCGAGGGCAUGGUCAUCACUUCAUCUCUUGAUGGGAUGGUGAAGAUUUUCUGCCUUGACACGAUGGAAGAAAUUUACAGUCUUCCCAUAUUCCCUGAAGGCAUCUACUGGAUGGACUGGGUCUCCCCAAAGUUCUUCUUCUGCUGUUCGAACAGACAGAUUGAGGUGUAUGCAUUGAAUCAUGUAUAUCAGUUCUGGGCAUUGUCUCGCUGCUCCAUGCGUUCGUUAUCAUUAGAGUCCUGUCAAGGCAAGUCAUCUGUUCUGAUGGCUGUAGGGACAGAUAGCAGUGUGCGGUUGCUGUCUCGUCAGGGAAGAAGUCUCACUACGGUACUCCCUCCACCUCCCAUCUCUCCCCUCACCCAAGUCCUAGAUAUUGCAUACAACAGGGAGCUUAGCAUGAUGUAUCUACUAAUAGAAGAGCAGGAAAUAUGGGUUUAUUACACCAGGACGAAUCCUUCCACUCGACUUGAGGCCUGGCAGCUAGACUACAUUGAAGACAUUCAUGCCACCCCUUCCCCUGAGCACUCUAUCAGGUCACGUGGGAGUGCCCCCUGGGUGGCACCAGUAGCAACUACAAAUGACCCUCUGCGCAGGACACUGAACUCAAGGCAAAGUGUCCCUGAGCCUCCAAGUCCCUGUGCUACACCAUGGGAGGGGUCGGUGUAUCGUGAGUCACAACCCGUGCAUGAGAGGCUAGCCCUCACUUGCAUCGGCAUGUUGUGUUCUCCUGUUAUCAUACACACAUUGGAGGGAGAAGCAUGCCCGGAUGCCACAAAUUUCCUUAUGGCUGGCACUAAGGAUGGCCGUGUUUUAUUUCUGAGCAUGUUUCUAAAAGGAAUGAAGUAUGGGCAGCUACAGGUUCACAAAGAUUUGAUCAUCUCUGUCUCUCAUGAUCAAGUCACCAAUACCCUGGUCAGCAAGUGCCGAUCGCUCAAUGGCGUGGACGUACAGUUUUGGUCGCUGCCUCACCUUGUCCCUCAGAAACAAAUCACUUGUGACGAGGACAUCACGUGCCACGUGCGCAUGGGUGACCUGAUGUUAAGCGGGCACACAAGCGGAUUUUUACGAGUUCAUCGCCUCUCUGCGCAUGCGUGUGACGUUUGUGAACAGCUUGACGAAGAAAAGACACCAGGAGGGAAGCGAGUACCACGUGAUCACCAGGGACCAAUCAUCAGUGUCGAUGCUAACCGAUCAUUGGGCAUAUUUUGCAGCUCCAGCACGGAUGGGUUUGUUAAGCUCUGGGACCAGCAGAAGAUGCUAUUGCGAGAGAUCGCCCUCGAUGACACCCUUACUGCUGUGUGCUUCCUCAACCUCAAAGGUGACAUCAUCAUUGGGCUCAAGCAACAACUGUUUUUCAUUUCCCAUGAGAAAGCGUGCCCCGUUAAGAAGAAAAGAGAAGAAGCGCUAUUGUUCGGUCAGGAUCACGGAGCGGACGAAGGCAAUGAAGAGUUUGAAACAGAGUCGGACAUCUACGAGGACCCCUCUGUCCGAUAUGAGGGCAAGAAGAUCCUCCAGCCUGACCCAACAAACAUGGAAAAUUACCUCGUGCCAUUUCCCAAUCUUCACUUAAAGGCGGCACUGCUGAUGGAGGGGCGAAACCCCCCUGAUCUUGAGCAGCAAAAUAAGGAAGAAGAUCUUGAGACCCUCAGUACCAUAUCAGACAGCCUUUCCCUUGCACCUACCGACAUCUACAUGUCCCCUGGGACCACGCCCCGAAGGCUGUCCCUCGCCAGUAUCCCCGCCCUGGAGCGACAGCUAAACCGCCUGGAGCAAGAGAAGCAGGCCACCGCACUACUCUGGGACUUGCCUUACUUUGGCGACUCUCCAGUAUCAUCACCACCCCGCACCCCACCCCCAGAGCCUACACCGCCACCUACCCCUCCUCCGGAAUCAUCCGAGGAGGAAGAAGAAGAAGAGAAAUCAGAGAGUAAAUUCGGCGAGACGGAGAAGCCGCCAGCGUGCACCGAAUGCAAGGACGCUGUAAAAGGCCCUAAGGACCGGAAGGCGGUCAACAUCCCCAGCUUCCGGCGCGAGGGGGGUAGACUCGGGAAUGUUCGCAUCGACUCCAAGAAGCUGAGGGGGACUGGGCCGGGUUACGCUGCUCCAGUGGUGCGGGAUUCCUAUGUCCCGCCUGAACCCAAGCAAGUCAAGGCCCGACGUGCCCCUAGAUCAGUCGUCAAGAAGUCCAAAAAAAAUAAAGAGAAAAAGGAAGACGAAGACGCAGAGAACGCUGAUCAGCAACCCGGCGAUGCCAGUCAUCCCCCUGGUACAGACGGCACUGAGGGAGGGCAGGGCAGAGAUGAAGUACGUAAAGCCAUUCUCGACAUCCCCGGCGAAGGUGGCAGCGACAUGAAGUCUAGACUGCAGCGAGAGGUCCAGGAGGCUAGACGGAAUGCCGUCAAGACAGACGAGGAAGAAGGGGCGUCCGGGAGGGAGGGAGGGGAGCAGGAGGCUGGUAAAGGAGGGCUGGAGGGUGCCAGAGGAAGGCAGGAGGGUGCCAAGGUAGGCGAGGGGGUAGACGGUAGCAGAUGGGGCGUUUCUGAGGAUGAGACUGAGGAAGGCACACGUGAUGAAGAUGAUGGCAGAGAUCCCUUGCGUCAGACUGUGCAAUCUUCUGUGAACACCCGAAGCCGAGGAGAAGACCCGGAUGACGCCCAGGCUGACCAAUCAGGAGAUGAGUAUCAUAGUACACGACGAGCAACAAAAAGAGAUGGCACAACGCAUGCGCAUGGCAAGCACGGUACCGAGGCUGGAGGGGACAGUGCACGUGAUUAUGACCCAGGCUUCACGCGGGUAGUGUAUGUCGAUCCGGAGUCUGGGCAAACUGUAGAAGGUUAUUACAAUGAGAUGCCUAAGGACGCUGAAGUCUUGCACAUAGCGGAUGAUGGCGCGGCUGGGGAUGAUGAUGGUGACUAUGGCGAUUAUGAAGAUGAAGGGCCCGAGGGGCUGACAAACUCCAGACAGGGUGGCAAACGCCAAAAGUCGGUCACCUUCAGCGAGCACAAGAACAUCAGGCGAAUCCCAAGAGCCUCUCGCGGGAGCAUCACCCAAGCAAGGGGACCUGAUUUCGCAAGGAACCAAAGAAGAGGGAGCGGACAGGGAAGGAGCUCCGUGGUCCCCAUUGACGAUCCCCAGCUUCAAGCGGACCUGAUAACAGGGGAAUCUUCAUCCUCCAGGGACAUGUCCCCUUUAACGAUAUUCGCGUUGGCACGGAGUAGGAAGCAGAACGCGCGCAAGAGCCCACAGCGCGGGGCACGCCCUCCUGAGGGGACCGGUUACGUCAUGUACGCCGUGUCCGAGACGACCCCUGACGGGCGUACUCUAUUCAUCGAUAGCCCCGAAGACGAUAGGGAUCUAUCCGACAGGGAGGCGCCUCAAAUAGACGUCCACACGCAGCCGCGCGUGUCUGCCUCGCCGACCGAGAGACCCAGGAGCUCAACACGCACUCAGCCCGACAUGGUCACGUGGUGCCUGCAGGCGCUGAAGAAGUCGCAUCGCCAGAUUAUGUUCCCCCCCAAGCCGAGACGGCCCGGUAGUUCUCCUAGCAUACGGAGCGUGGCGUCUGCGUGCAGCAAAAAAGAGGGCGAGACAUUAGUUAUCAACAUGCGUGAGCACAGAACGUUGAGGCCCCAAACCGCUGACACCGUACGAACCACGGACAGCAAGGAAGAGUUCGCCAUGUACCCAUACCAUGGCGUCGCACAAACACGUGACGAGCCUACGUCAUUGCCGGUAUCACGUGACCAGCUCAAGCGUGACGUCAGAGCAAAGACUGCCCCAGCCGGCAGGCGACCCAGCAGGGACAGUGAUGUUGAUUUGGAGGAGGCAUAUCGGGAGAUGCAUGCAAGUAUGGACGCCAUAGGGAAAUCAGAUAACAGCAGAGAGAUGAUAUAUCGAUCGCACUCUGCUGGUGUCAGAGCUGUUUCCUCGCAUGAUUUCCCAUCAUUGGAAGUGGAAGACUAUAGCGGUAACUGGCAAGACAUUGUGCUGCACAGGGCACGACUGCUAAAGCAACAACGCCUCGAAAGACAGAAGAGCGCUAAAGAGAGACGCGACACGAUUGAUAACCAGCAAAAGGAGCGCCGUAAGAAAGCUGGUCACAUAGAGUGUGCACAAGAUACACUCAACAAUUCGGAAAAGACGAUCGAAUUCAUCACCCCAUCCACUUCGCCCCACCCUCCGUUUCCUGGGGCUCCUGAUGUCGUCUCGCGUGAGUUGCGAGAACAGGAGCUGUCUUCGGAGAGAGCUUUUCGCCUACGACUACGGCCUCGGUCGUCUGUCGGUACCCUCUCGCCGGUCGCUCGGUCCAUCAUCGAUUUGAGGUCGUCGGAACACGAUGUUGCGGAUUUGUCAAAUGUUAUGCCGCGCUCGGCUACUGCUUCUAUACCGGCCAAGUGCAGCCGGUACGUGCUGAUCACCGAAAAACCGGGGAAAAAGGGGCCCCGGGCCAGUCCUCUGGAGCAGAGCCUGCUCAUGGCCAGGUUCCCAAACCAACCACCACCGCGCAUGCGUAAAGGACGUAUGAACAGGCUCCGCUCGACCGCCAACAUCCGUCUGGAGAAUGAGUGCUAAUUUAAAAUGUGUUGGCGGACGAAUAACUAAUAAUAUUUUUAUUUCAAAGCAAAGAUGCAGCGGGUAUAAGAAUGGUGGCAAUGAUAAUGUCAAUAGUAAUUUUCACGGUCCCUGAACUGAUUUUAGCCGAUUUCGCCCUAAUAUUCUUUUAGAAAUAUAGGUUUGUAUUUACCAAGAAAAAAAGUGAACAUUUGUGUUUGAACAUAAAAAGUGUGGGAAUAUAUAGUUAAUCACUAUCUUAUAUUUUUCAAAGAAAGAUUAAUUUUAGAUGGCUAUAUUUAGAAAUAAACUUUUUUAGCAUCUUUGUAAGAAAAAUUGAAUUCAAGCAAGUGUGGAAUUUUAUCCAUCUUGAAGAUAAGUGGAAGUCUCCAGGAAAACAUUUAUUUCGUUGAUCGGUAAAAAACAAAGGCACAAAUCAAAAGUCCAGAAACUACUUAAAUGUGUGAGCUUUGCAUCUUGAAGUCUCUGGAAAACGUUUCUUUAGCUUGAUUCACAUAUCAAACGGCAAAAGUUUUGUUGCUUUUGUAGUUCGACGUUUGUAUUGAGCAAUUUCACUUUCAAAUCUCACUUUAUAUUUCUAAAUUCACAUUGGGUUAGCGGCUAGCAAACACUUAUUUUCGGGACAGAUUGCAGUGAAUGACGCAUAUAUCUUCUGAGAGUUUGUCGAGAAAACGACUGUAAUUUCCCAAGAACAAUACGACAUUACGAAUGUCAAUCAGGCGCAUUCCAAGUAAAGAAAGCACCUGACGCCAUAUAGACAAGUUCAAUUUUAUUCUUAUUAUUUAUGUUCUGAGGUAAAGAUAUUUCACACAGUAGUAUACGUUGGUAUAUUAAACCCAGUUAUUUUCAAAAGUU